AGCUCCUAUAAAAGCCUUGUAUCUCCUGUCUCCUCGUGCCAGAAAUCCGCGGUGAAGGCCUAAUAUGAACAUCCUGCUCAUCUCCUUGCUGGGGUGCCUUGUUGUGGCACUGCCCUCAGCCGGCGCUCAAAAAGUCAAAUGGUGUGUGAAGUCACAGAAUGAGCUGAUGAAAUGCCAAUACCUUGCCACCAAAGCACCAGAGCUUGAGUGUCAUCUCAAACCUUCUAUGACUGAUUGCAUGUCAAGCAUCAAGGUUGGUGAUGCAGAUGCUGCAACUGCAGACGGAGAACAUGUUUACCAAGCUGGACUCAUAAAUUAUAAGCUCCAUCCUAUCAUUGCAGAGACAUAUAAAAAAGAAUGCUGUUAUGCUGUGGCUGUGGUAAAGAGUGAUGCUAACUUCAAUAUCAAUGAUCUCAAAGGAAAGACUUCAUGCCACAGUUCUUACCAAAGUCCUGAAGGCUGGAAUAUACCCAUAGGAAGAAUGGUAGCUAAAGGGGUAAUUACCUGGGAUGGACCUGAAGAUAUGCCUAUUGAGAAGGCUGUGUCACAGUUCUUUUCAAGCAGCUGCAUUCCUGGAAUAUCAAAAGCCCAAUACCCAAACCUGUGCCAGGCUUGCCAGGGUGACUGCAGCUGCUCACAAAAUGAAAAAUACUACGGUGACGAAGGAGCCUUACUGUGCUUGAUAAAUGGUGAUGCACAAGUUGCCUUUGUUUGCCACAAUGCAAUUCCAGAGAAUGUGAGGCAGAACUACCAGCUGUUGUGCAUGGAUGGCAGCAGAAAAAGCGUUGAGGAGUACAAGGACUGCUACCUCGCCAAAGAGCCUGCCCGUGCUGUCAUCAGCCGCAAGGACACAGAUUCAGACCACAUUUAUAAAGUCCUUAAACAGAUUCCGGCCACAGAUCUUUUCUCUUCUGAUACUUUUGGGGGUAAAGACCUGAUAUUCUCAGACUCUGCGUUUGAGCUCAUGGAGCUUCCUAAGAGCACAGACUCUUUCCUCUACCUGAAAGAAGAUUAUUAUAAGGCCAUGCAAGGCAUUAAAGGUAUCAAAGCAUUACCCAAGAACAAAGUUGAAUGGUGUGCCAUUGGCCACCAAGAGAAAACUAAGUGUGACAAUUUACCGGAUUCUCCUAUGGACUGCCGAAUGGCAUCAUCUGUGGACGAGUGCAUCAAGAAAAUCAUGCGCAGAGAAGCAGAUGCUGUUGCAGUUGAUGGUGGCCAGGUAUAUAUUGCUGGAAAGUGUGGUCUAGUUCCAGUUAUGGUUGAGCAGAGUGAUGAACAAAAAUGCACUGAGGGUGGAGAGGCCGCAAGUUACUAUGUCGUGGCCGUGGUGCGUAAGGGCUCAGGUGUAACCUGGAAUAAACUGCGAGGAAGGAAGUCCUGCCACACUGGCCUGAACCGCAAUGCUGGUUGGAAAGUUCCAGAUUCAGCCAUUUGCGGCAAAACACAUGACUGUACCCUAUACAAUUUCUUCAGUAAAGGCUGCGCUCCUGGUGCUGAUCCCAACACAAACAUGUGUGAACUGUGUAAAGGCAGUGGGAAGGCGGUAGGAGAUGAGAGCAAGUGCAAAGCCUCUUCUGAUGAGAUUUAUUAUGGCUAUGAUGGGGCUUUCAGGUGUCUUGCAGAAACAACAGGUGAAGUUGCUUUCAUCAAGCACACUAUUGUUGGGGAUUACACUGAUGGUAAAGGACCAGGCUGGGCUAAGGAUCUGAAGUCUGAUGAUUUUGAACUGAUCUGUCCAGAAUCACCAGACAUAUCAGUAAAACACACUGAAUUUGCUACAUGUAGCCUUGCCAAAGUACCAGCUCAUGCUGUGAUCACCCGGGAAGAUGCACGCACCGAUGUGGUGAACACUCUAAAGGCGGCUCAAGCCAAAUCGAAUGUCCUGUUCAAGUCAGAAAAUGAAAGAAACCUUCUUUUCACUGAUACCACUAAAUGCCUUCAAGAGAAUACUAAACCUCUGAACGAAUUCCUGACUUCAAAGUACAUUGAUAUGAUUGAAAGGUCCUACACAAUUGCCCAGGGUGAACCAGAUCUGGUGAAGGCCUGCACUUUGGAUAACUGCGUAGUAGCCACAUAAGCUUUGCCUGAUAUGUUUCACUCAGCUAAGAAUCUACAUCUCUGAAUCUGUUUCUCCUGAUAAGUUACCAGCAUGAGGGAAACAUGAUGUUAAUGUUAUGCAACAGUGUCAGUACAAAUUCAUAUCUUAUGAUGAUCAAACAGUUCACACUCAGGCACAGUGUUGGAUGUGAUCAGGUUUUUGUUUUAUUACAACAGGGGUUGAAAUUAAAAAAAAAAUGUUUUCCUAAAAACAAUGUGUGUUUCAUAAUUAUAGUCUGAGUAUUAAAAGGCAACUGUAUAACCACUAUAGAGAGAAAAA